AUGGGUGUGAUUCAUUUCUUUGAGCCAUCGGUAUGUCGUUGUGAAGAAAACGCGUCUACUAAUCAAAUCAUAGCAAUGAAUAUCGAAGAGUUGGCUAAAGAAGAACGGCAGAAGCCGUCGAAGAAAAAAGGAUAUGAUGACGUUGAAAUCAGUGACAUAUCAGAUGAAGAAGGUGACAAGAAGAUAGCCGGAAGCAAGAAGAAAUCUACAAAGAAGAUGAAGAAAUCAGAGGUAAAAGGGAGCGAUAAAAGAGAGAAGAAAGAGAAGGAAAACGAGAAGAAGACGCAAAAUACGAAAACAAUCACCAACACAGAAGAAAAUCAACAAAAAACACCUGUAUCUAAAACAACCGAGGAUAAGACACAUGAAGAUAAUAAGCCAGCCAUGAUGUCUAUACCGAAAUACAGUGGACCAUUACCGGCAGGAUCUGAACAGAAAAAGAAAGGUUGCUGUGUAGUGUUGUGA